AUGCGAACAAGACAGAAGAAGGCGCCGCCUUCGAGGGUUAGAACAGACGAGAAAAUCAAGGCUCUUGUAGAAAAGCUGGCGACACUGGAGAAUGCUGUUCGCACCACGGGUGUAGGUGCUUCGUCCAUUGGUUCAGUGCCGCCAUCAGCAGCAGCCAUGUCCAACAGCGUGUCAAGCAUGGGGGACGACAUAUCCCCUCGACCCGCGAAGCGCAGCAAGAAUGAGGCGGGAUCCAUCGGAACGGUGACGUCCACACAGGAUCUCCUCUCGCCCCCGGACUCUGUGACUUCGCAGCUCUAUCGCAAUGGCGGAGCUCGCGAGCACAUCGAAAAAGAGCUGACCCUUAACGAGAGCUUAAAAAGCCAUCAGAAAAACGUUUUCGAAACAGCCAUUGCUUUCAUCGACCAGUUGUCGCAGGGACCAACGACUAGUGUAGAGGAGCAAGCCUGGAACCUCAAUGUAACAACAGACUUCUCGAAAGGCGAGCUUGUACAGAUCGUAAUCGCCAGCCAACAAUCCGAUGCCAACCGAAACCGGCCCGACAUGCAGCUGUUCCUACUCGAUCACAUUCCGCCUCAAGCACUAAACAGGAUGGCAAUGUGUCUGCUAGAAGGUACCGCGAGCGAACAGACGCUCAAUUUGUGCAAGGUAAUUGUGCAUUUCAAGGCAUGUCUGAGCCUGUAUGCGAGCCAGCUACACUCGCCGAAGGAUCGUACGAUCCGGGAACAUGUGAAGGAAUUGCAGUUAAGACAUCUGAAUGCGGCGCUUGGUGCCUUGAAUUCUGUGAGCGUUAUGGCGAGACCUAGUCUAUUACUGCUUCAAGCGCUCCUCACUGGGUCCAUUCUCAUGUAUGUCGUGGGGAACUCCCAGAGCUGCUGGAAUCUAGCUGCGUACGCUUCGCGCACUCUUGUCGCCCUCGGCUAUCACAACAUUCACAGCUUGGCCCCCGGGAACGAACAGGAGCAGGAAAUUCGUGCGGCUGUGGCUUGGUGCUACCAUUUUGACAGGGUCAUGAGCCUCUUGCUGCUCCGUCCACCAUCAUUACCACCUCUUCAGAUCCCAGUCGUCUCGCUAGUGUCCUACAGCCCAGACAACCCUAUGGCCAUCUUUGCUCUUGUCAUGCUUGAGCUUGUACCUAUUCACGAGAAGGUUCUGGAUCUGACGCUCGCCAGUCAGAGGCGGAAGAUGCCAAAACCGGAAGCGGAACCUCAGGUUGACGAAUUGCGCCGAAAGAUGGACGAUAUUUACAGUACGAUCGAAAAGGCUCGAGCGGACAGCCCUAUCACCCACAGCCCAGAUUACCAGCUCCACUGGCACAGCCUUGAGUUCAAAUUUUUCUCAACGCUAACAGCAGUCCACCGCCUCAGCAACACCGUAUGCUUCUGUGUUUCUGAGCGCGAGAGGUGCCUAUACGCUGCGCGUCGCGCUUUGCAGUGCGUAAAGUCAAUACAGGAUCUUGCUAAGCAACAAGACCACUUUUUGGAGGAGUAUAGUCCGUAUCUUGCUUGGACAAUACUCUCAUACCCGCUUUCACCCUUCUUCGUCCUCUUCUGCAAUGUCGUUGGUACCUCGGAUGUGCGCGACUUUCAACUUCUUCAGGACGUGGUUGACAGCGUCUCCUCCCUCGUCAUCGAGAACAAGCACGUAGAGCGCCUCACACGUCUUUGCAACGCGCUCCUUGCGCUUUGUAGGCCGCUCGUUCAACAGCACGGAAGUGCGGCGAUUGUGCAAGAACAGCAGGCUGGUCUGCUCUUGAACUUUGCUUCUGGAAAUGAAGCUACCGCAGCUGAAGAUGGCUUAGCGACUUCGCAACUGACAGGAGAACCGCAAGAAGAGAGCCCAGUGAAGGAGCCGUGGCAGGACGAUAUGAUGUGGCAGUUGUUCCAGGCUCAGCCUAGUCUGGAGUGGUUCAAUUCUGAUAUCCUGGAUCCGGCGUCAUGGGAUUUAAACUUGCCAAGCUGA